AUGUCAAGUGUUCCCAUUUUAUGUAGAGUUCAGGCACUUUACCCAUUCAAGUCAAACGAUCCCUCAUCGCUUUCUUUUAACCAAGAUGACCUCAUUGACGUUUUGAACAAACUACCUUCAGGCUGGUGGGACGGAUUGUGUAAUGAAACUCGAGGCUGGUUUCCUAGCAACUAUGUUAAAUUAAUCGAGGAAGAUUCAGAUGAGGAUGUGAGUAAUAAACAGAGAGAACCACCGAAAAAUCAGUAUCGACUUAGUCUAGCCUACCAACCUAACCAUGACAAUAAAGAGGAAGAUAAUGAUCAUUGGAUUCUUCAACGAACAGAAGAUGGAAGUGGAUAUUAUCAUUUGAAUACAAUUACGGGAGAAAUGCGAUUUGACAAGGAAGAAGUAGCAAAAGAAGAAUCCAUCUUGAUGGUCGAC